CUUGCUGGGGCUCAGUGGACUCUUACGAAGGGGCCGGGGGCUCGGUGAUCGAGCAGCUACCCCCAGUGGCGGCGCUGGGCACAGAUUACGUCACACUGACCGACGGCACGGUGCGCGUUGUGGCCGUCGAGCCUCUCACUACGAUCCACUUCCCUGACCGGAAGUCCAUCAGCCUGACUUCCGCUUCCCACUGCUUUCAGCUCAAGGUUGCUUCCCCUACCCGCCUCCGCUCAGACCGCCCGAUCCUUGUGUUGCAGUUCGGAAAACUCGGGGCAAGAGCUCCAGCUGUUAACAAUUUCCCCUUUCUGGUUGUGUUGACGACGCGCCAACAGUUUGUAAACAGUUCGGAAUCCAUCAUCGUUCCUUCCCUGUUACCGACCUUCACCUCGACACUGUUCAUCGUCACCAGAGAGAGCUACAUGGAGGACAUAGUGUAUGGCAGUGUCACGCUCAAUCAAACAGUGCAAGACAAGACAAGCUCCAGCCAGUUUGUUUAUCCAGACUAUGCGGUCGUUAAAAGAAACGUCGCUUCAACUUCCAUACUGAGUGGACAAAGAGACAUAGCGGCUUACAUACAGCUUCAGAGCCCUGAUGGGGUUGUUCUUUCACCUUUGGCAGCUGGCUUCUCCAUUAUCAACAUUUUACAGGACUGCAAUAGUACAACACCCUCGGAAGCUGGCGACACAGUGGAUAACGACUGUGACGGCAAGGUCGAUGAAGACGAUUGCAGUGGAACACCCACGGGUACUGAUUGCAAGCUGACGAUCAGUGUCAUUGCACAAUGUACAGAGGUCAUCGUAGCGUAG